AUGAACAUUUUACAUCGAGGAAACGAUGUCUCUAACGUCAACCCACGAGAUAGUGUUGUUAAUGGUUUAUCCGUCAAUGGCUCCGACUGGCUCUGGGCUGCUACUGCCAUCUUCUGUGUCUCCUUUCUCGUCCUUCUCUCCCUUUGCUUUGUCGCCCAUGAAAGCAAACGCGUUUUCCACUAUCUAUUCACUGUCGCCCUUCUCGUCGGUUGCGUCUGCUACUACGCUCAAGCUGCUGAUCUUGGCUGGAUUCCCAUCCAUCUACACCGCAACAGCGAUACGAGCCACCAGCUAUUCUACGUUAAAUAUGUCUACUGGACCGUCUCAUUCCCGUCUCUUGCUCUGGCGUUAGGCCUUCUCGCAAACGUUUCUUGGGUCACAAUCGUCUGCAAUAUUGCCUGUGCUUGGAUCUGGGUCCUCACCUACCUGUUCGCCGCUCUCACUCCUACCAGCUAUAAAUGGGGCUUCUUUGCGUUUGGAACCCUGGCUUAUGUGAUUCUUGCCAUGAGUACCAUCAACGAAAGUUACGAGGCGGCAAAUAAGAUGGACAUCGGAAAGCACUACAGGCUCUUGUCAGUUUGGCUGAACAUCCUCUGGCUUCUUUACCCUAUUGCUUUCAGUAUCAGUGAUGGAAGUCACACGAUUGGCACCACGGGUGGAUUAGUUUUCUUUGGUGUCUUGGAUGUUUUGAUGAUGCCGGUGUUGACAUUUUCGUUCAUUUUCUUGUCCCGUAGCUGGGAUUGGGAUAAGUUAAGUCUUGCUUUCAGCGAAGCUCGCCACGAACCGACGGCUGUAUGUCCCAAGAAAGGUAUGACAGCUGCUCCUAGUCUUGGGCCUUCUGUAUAG